AUGUCCAGCAAACUAACCCCGGACUUUGACUUAUCCGAUUCACUUGAGCUCUACGAUCAGCACCUUCUGCCAGUGUCCAGAAUGUCACAAAAAAUGGACCGAAGCUUUGACAUCUGUUUCGAGUCGUCAUCAUCAAAGAAUGAACGUUUUUUUGACAGCAGCUCUUUCGAGACCUCCCAGGGAUUUUCUUCACGGGAGGUCACGGUCAUCGAGACCAAGCUGCAGCAAGAUGGUCUGGAGAACAGCUCUGAUGGCAUCCACUUGACCACCUCGCAAAGUGGCAGAAUCUUGGACCGCAGUCCUGACAGGCGAGGUCGGGACCGUAGCUUGGAUAAAUCCAGCUUGAACCACAGUUUUGAAGCCACAGAAGGACUUUCAGUCCGCUCUGGAAGAACUCUAGAAAGACGUUCAGACAGAAAUAGUUCUGAGGUCAUCGGCAGAGCAGCUAGCAGCAUAGACCGUAGAGGGGAUUUUCUCUCUGUCGAGCCUGAGAUCAUCAGAUCUGAGGAGAGGAGUCUGGGAAGUGAUACAGUAAACAAGAACCAGACCUCACAGAAGUCGAAUGUCAUCUCAUCACAGACGCACAGCUCACUAUCAUCAUCUACCAUGAGAGACAUACUCAACAAGAGUCACGAACAGCCCCAGACAGAGAGUCCUGUCACCCUGGAUGUAGUUCACAUCACAAACCGGAUCAUCUCCUUAACCUUUCCAUCUGAUGGCCAUGACACUUCAUACAUAUUCAACCUGAAUGAGGCUAUGCGUCUGCUGCGAUCUAAGCAUGGCGACCAUUUCUUGAUUGUGAAUUUAUCAGAGAAACACCCAGAACUGGCAAAAGCUCACCCUCAGGUGAAAGAAUUUGGCUGGCCAGACCACCUGGCCCCACCAUUAGAACGGCUGUGUUUGAUCUGUAAAGCUAUUGACACCUGGUUGAGCAGUGACAUCAGACACAUUGUGGUUCUCCAUUGUAAAGGUGGCCGCAGCAGACUUGCCAGUGUGGUCGCUGCAUAUAUGCAUUAUAAUAAUAUCUGUGCCAGCGCUGGCCAAGCUGUGGACAGCCUCACCAUGAAGAAAUAUUAUGAUGACAAACUGGUUGGUCUGCCCCUGCCUUCACAACAGAGGUAUGUGGCCUACUUCUCUGGUCUUCUGUCAGGAGCUAUCAAAAUCAACAGCCAGCCACUGUACCUCCAUCACAUCCUCAUCCAUGGGGUACCAGACUUUGAUGGCAGAGGAGGCUGUUGUCCUUUCAUCAAGGUCUACCAGAGUAUGCAGCCAAUCUUCACUUCUGGAGUCUACAAUGUCACAGACAACAUGCAGAAGGUGUGCAUCUCCAUUACACCGGGAAUCCCCCUUCGUGGAGACAUACUGGUCAAGUGCUACCACAAGAGUGCCAGGUCCGGUCAGAAAGAGGUCAUCUGGCAGUGCCAGUUCCACACUUGUGCCAUCACAGGCAACCAAGUAGUUUACUCCAAGCAGGAACUUGAUGAUGCUGCUUUAGAUCCCAGGUUUCCAGACUCAGGCAAGGUCCAGUUUGUGUUUGGCUCCAGCUCUGAUGUUCUAGUCUCCGUGACAGGUUUCAAGUCUGACGUCACAGUGCCAAUAGUCGACAGUGAGGAAUCCAUGGUUCGAACAGACUCCUACGAGGAAUUCAACAAGGUGUCAGGUCUGGCUGCUGAUGUUCCUAUUUCAGUGUUUGAUUUCAACAAGAACAGGAUUCUGUCCCCGCAUGCACCAGGGGGCAGCACACACAUACCCCAGUACACAGGCAGUGUCGAUCACCACAAGGCCCCUGAUGGAAGUCUGUAUGCAAAAGUUACAAAACGAGAACUCCCGCAUCCUUCAUCAGCAGCAAAUAGCGGAUCUAUUCAUUUCACAAAUGGCUCUAUAGCCUCCAGCUGGGACACUG